AAGGUUGGAGAAAUAGAGGAGCGUGAGAGAGACAAAUAGUGAAAGAAAAUACACAAUCUGCUUCUGCUAACGCAGUUUCCGGCGAUUAAAACUCUUCCUUUCAGCGACGACAUCUCCGUUCAUCUUCCCAAUCAAAAAAUGACCUCCGAGAAAGAGUAAUUUCACUAAAGAAACCGCAGAUCAGAACGAAACCUUUCCAUUCAAACCACCGGUCCGUGGACAUGUUCCGGCGAACUCUUUAAAAAAGCGGUGAGUGAGCAGGAUAUGAAUUAGGAAAUUGAAGAUACCGCGAGUUUGAACCUAACAAUUUAGUCCUCGCCGGAAAACCAUCCACGUCUCACAGAGUAACAGUUAUUGCAAUAGCCAAGUAGUCAUUCCGCCAGGCUUCCUCUUUCGGUUUUAUUAAGCCUUUUCUAUACUCAGGCAUUACACGAUUGUGCAUACAGUAACAUUCAAUGACAAUUCUGAGUUUGUGCCGCAACUCUUGCAAUGGAGCACUUGAUCGAUGCCACCGCAUUUUCCCCUGUUUUGCUGAUCCUGUGAAGAGGUCUUCAUUGGGGUUGAAGGUGGCGUUGGUGAUGUUGCAUCUGAUAUAUGCAGGAAUUCUCUUUCUUUUUGAUAAUGAUUUGAUAGAGAAAGCUAAACAGGACCCCUGGUACAUUGCUUUGUAUUUAUUGUUAUUUGUUGCAACUUUGGUACAAUAUUUUGUUACAGCUUGUUCUUCUCCUGGCUAUGUUCUUGAUGCAAUGAGGGCGCUGAAUGAGAAAAAUGGAGUUUUUGGAAAAGCUUCAAUGACCUCAAAACAGCCUGCUUCAAGUAAAAAUGGAAGCUUUGUUAUCACUGUGGAAGGGACUCAAUCAGGAAGAAAUACUCCAGGAAGUAAUUUGACAUCUUGGACAAAGCUUGUUUUGGACAUGUAUCCUCCUGGAACAUCCAUUAGAACUUUCACGUGUACCUAUUGCAAUGUCGAACAGCCUCCACGCGCUAAGCAUUGCCAUGAUUGUGACAAAUGUGUUCUUCAGUUUGAUCAUCACUGUGUUUGGCUUGGAACAUGCAUUGGUCAGGGAAAUCAUUGUCGAUUUUGGUGGUACAUUUGUGAGGAAACAACACUGUGCCUAUGGACUGGCAUAUUGUAUAUUGCAUACUUGAAGGACAACAUUACAAGAGCUUGGUGGAAGGAUGCAAUCAUGAUAUUAUUGUUGGUUACUCUGUCAAUUUCCGUGAUCUUUUUGCUCCUUCUCUUGCUCUUUCAUAGCUAUCUUAUUUUAACAAAUCAAACUACCUAUGAACUUGUGAGGCGCAGGCGCAUCCCAUAUUUAAGGGGGGUUCCUGAGCGGGUGUAUCCAUUUAGUAAAGGAGCUUGCCGAAAUCUAUUUAAUUUCUGUUGUGCGCGAAGCAACAUAUACAGCUUGGAAAGGUUACCCACAGCCUUGGAACUUGACUUGAAGUCAAGACCUUACACAUGCUUGGAUUUUUUAACGUGCCGGUGUUGUUGAGAUAUUACAUAAUUUUCCAAUACAAUUUUUCACCCAAUAUAUUUAUUGAGCUCCAUUAGAUAGAUGUGUUUGCCCUUCCAUUCCAUUUGUUUGAAGGAUACUGGAGUUCAGAAGUUUGUGGAGCGAUUUGAGGGUUUUGAGGUUAGUGGUGAAGAUGAUGAUUCUAUGUUUUUGCUUGAUGGUAGGUCUUAGAGUUUGUUUGUGUAAAUGGCUUUUGUGCUUCACUACACGUUGCAUCAUUAAUUCAUGUUCAUUUUCAGCUCCA